AGCCCAUUAACCCAUUGGGCUUAAUCCAUCGAACCGAAGCUCCUCCUCCUCCCUGCAAUCCCUGCAUAUUCAGCAAAACUCAUCUUCUUCAUUUUUCUGCUCUGUAGAGUUUAGACAACCCCACAAUGGCCUCUUGUCGCGGCGUCCACCGUACAACCACCCAAUUUUCCAAAACCCUCCUCCGCAGCUUCUCUACCACCAGCAAACCCUCCCACCGCAACAACCACCAACACACCCACGAGUUCCUGGAGCCCACCGCCUUUGUGGGCAGCUGGUGGCACUCCGACCCCCCCAAGGACCCCAAGGACGCCGAACGCAGGCUCGCCCUGCUCCGCCGCGACUACGCUAAGCAGGUCAAGCAGCGCCGCAAGCAAUACAUCCAGGAGGUGGAGCUCAUGCGCCUCGAGCAGCAGCGCAAGGAUGAGGCCAGGAGAGAGGCCCUCAGGCUCGCCAAUGAGGAAAAGAAAAGGCUCAAGGCCGAGGCCGCCAAGGUCCGCGCCCAGGAGCGCAAGGUGGCCCUCGAAGAGUUCCGCCAAACCCUAUUGAAAGAAAGAGCAGAGAAGCUUGAAAAUUGGAGGAUGAAAGAAAAAAUGAGGGAAGAGAACAAGAAAGAGAAUAAUGAGUUGCUACGCCGGAAAAGUUCUUUGUGGAUUGAUGAACCUGAUUUGGAGGUGAAGAUACUGGAGGCUAUUGUUGAGACUAAAGCCCUCUAAGUCUAUUGUUGGUUACGUUUCUCAUGUAUUCGAUGUAGGCUUAAAAUCAAGGCUAUGUUUAUUUUUUUUUUAUUGAUGGUGAGGAGUUGAAGCAGUUUGAGCUAGUGUUGCCUGAUCAUGUUCGUGUACUCUGUUAAUGCAGCCUUUCUUAUAUGCAGAUUUGACUGAAAGGGUGGCUACUUUCAGAGCUGA